CCCGCUGUCGGGGCUCUGCCGGUCCCCGGCCCCGCGCUCACUGUCCCGUGAGGCGCGGCCGGGCCGGCCCGGCGUCACCCUCAGGUGAGGGGCGGUGCCGCCAUCGGCCCAGGGGCGGCGCGGCGCGGGCGCUCAAAGCGGCGCCGCAGCGGCCCCGCCCGCCCGCCAUGGACUGCGCGGGGCGCGCUGAGGCGGCGGCCGAGCAGCUGCAGCUCUACCGCCGGGACCCCGACGGCUGGCGGGGCUGCCGCAGCACGGGCGAGGUCGCGGUGUCCUGGAGACCCUCGGCGGAGUUCGCUGGCAAUCUGUACAAGGGAGAGGGCAUCCUGCCCGCCAGCCCGCAGAAUGUCUGGGAGUGCAUCAAGCCGGUGGCCGGCGGGCUCAGGACUAAGUGGGACCAAAACGUGAAGGACUUCGAGGUCAUCGAAGCCAUCAGUGAUACUGUCUCUAUAUGCAGAACCACAACCCCUUCAGCUUGCAUGAGGGUUAUUUCACCCAGGGAAUUUGUGGAUGUAGUAGUGAUGAAGCAAUACGAAGAUGGGACGAUGCAGUCUGCUGCCACCAAUGUGGAACACCCGCUGUGUCCUCCUCAACCAAAUUUUGUGAGAGGUUUUAAUUAUCCUUGUGGCUGUUUCUGCAUACCUGUUCCAGGAGAGCCAAACAGGACUGAGCUCCUCACUUUCUUUCAGACGGAUCUUGGUGGCUAUCUUCCCCAGACAGUGGUGGAUUCCUUUUUUCCAUCUAGCAUAUCUGGAUUUUACAGCAACCUGACCAAAGCUGUUAAGGCAUUAAAAGCAUGACAAGAUGAGUUGCUGACAUCACCAGCUGAGGGUAGGAAACAACCUGUCAGCUCGUGGGUAAAAAUACAAAGUUGGUCUCAGGGUUUUUCUAUCUGCUAAGAUAGAAAAAAAGAUGACAUGAAACAAUGAACUGAGUACAUUUUAAAACAGCGUUUUCUAUCUGACUCCAUGCAGAACAAUGCAUUCUUAUGUAAUAUGAAAAUCUUCACUUUAAUGAUUAGAAAAAUACCACCUGUGAGGCUGGAAGAAUCCUGGAGGCGGCAGUGGUGACUCUGCAGGGAGAAGACAGACAUACUGGAUCUGCUCUUGCCCACUCUUUGUCAGUGUCUGUGAGGUGAAGCAUUGCUAAAAUCCACUUAGCACCACAGCCAGGUGCAGGUCAGCUCUGUUUGGUCUCUGAAACUCCCAGUAGAUUCCUGUGGAAAAAUGUUGCCCGAAAGGAGAUGUAUCCCUCCUGCAGCCAGCACUCCUGGAGCUGCUAAAAUGCCUCAGUGGGUCCAGCCAGCACAUUGUGAAAGCCAGAGCAAACGGGAUUAUGUAGAGGAUUUCACUUGUUUGUUCCAGCAGACAUCAAUAUUGGUGGUAAAUAUGCCUUAAGUGCUUUUUUUUAGGUCAGGGUCCAGCAGUGCUAAUCAAUGCACAGGUGUGUGGGCUGGCACAUACACACUCUCCCUUUCCCCUCUCUGGUACCAGAACCAGUGGUUCAUGACACAAACUGCAGCAAUGUAGAGGCAAUAAAUAAAGAGGAUUAAGCACUUUAAUUGCCAUUUUUAAAAGGCAUAUGAAAUGACUAUUUUGAACUGUAUUUGAAUGGUUUUGGUUUCCUGUGGGGAGAGGUUUUAACGGGUAAAUAAUCUUUUAAUUAGCUUUGCCUUGACAGGCCAUAAGGAUGUUGCUUUUUUUCUAAGACUGGUUUGCCUCCCAACAUUACAUUGGGAAAUCAGCACCUGAUUUUUGUGCCAAGGUGUGUCCAUUUUAAGAGAUAUCUAUAGUGCUGGUUGCUGCAGGAACAUCAGACAUUGCGAUGGAUUACAUACAAUUGCAAAAGUAAAAAUAAUUGCUGAGUGAGGAAGUUAAAUGCAGGUUGUGAUUUUACUGUGGUGACUCGAUUAUUUAAUAAGGUGAAUAUGCUUUGCUUUCUGCCCCUGUAUUUUUUUAUCUUUGGUAUAGGGCAUGGACUUGCACAAUAAGUUUCCCACUGUAAACCUCACCCUAUGGACUGGUUUUUCAAGGAAAUAGUUUUUAGUCCAGUCUCCUUUGUAUACAAAGAUGUAAAAACCUGUGUGAGUGUGGUGAAAUAAAUAUUUUUUUGUGCUGCAUCUUA